GGCGCAUCACGAUCAUCACCAUUAUGCUUCAUUGGCUUCGUUUAGAGCGGGGUUGAACGGCAAUGUGGCUGCCGAAGGUGAUGAUGGGCGGCCACAACAUAGACUAGCCAUGCCCCGGGUAAGGUAUAACACUUUCUUGUUCCUCUUGGUGAGUUGAGCUCUUUGGCAGCAGGAAAAGCUAUACAAUUUACAAAAUGUCGAACCGACGCGAUUUCCCAAGCGCAGACGAGGCUAAGGCCAAGGCGCAAGAAGGCAAGCAGAAGGUCGAGAAUAAGCUGGCAAAUGAUGGCGUCGAGGACCCAGCAGGCCUGGCGAUGUUCGGCUUCGGAGGCCUUUUCCUCGCCGCGAUCCCUCUCACAUCCUGGAUCACACAACCCAACAGCCUUGUCGAGAAGGCCGUGAACGGAGUUGUCAGCACAGUCGGCUUCCUCUCCUCCGCCGGAAGCACCUCUGCGAUUCCUCAGUCCGGCAAAAUCGCAGCGUUGGCAGGACUGUACGUCACAGUCACCUAUGCACUCUCAGGAGCGGGCAGUGCGGCGGCCUCCGCAGCAGGUAUCAAAGGAGGCAGAGAUAACGACCACCCACGAGCACAAAUUAAGGACUUGCGUGGGCUGCCAUUGAGGUUGUACUCCGCACACUACAACCUCAUGGAGAUGUUCCCGGGUUUUGCGAUCAGCGCUGCUUUGGCCCAGGCUAUGGCUCCUGGUGAUCAGACAUUGAUCAACUUGCUCGGUUUGCAUGUGAUUGCCAAGUGCUUUGUACACUACCCAUGCUACGUGUUCAACCUCGGCACUCCACGAACCCUCGCACACGUUAUUGCGACCUCUAGCGUGAUCAACGUUGCUCUCAGGCUUGCGAAGAAGCCGUUGGUCUAAAUCGGGAUUAGGUACAGCAGAAACCGAAGAGACAAUAGUCAAGUGAUGAGAAACAGCUAGCGGAAUAAAUCAGAAGCAGGGUAAAUUGGACUGCGGAAAUGACUCAAGAUGAUGGAGAGAUACGACUGUAUAUACCUGUAGUAAUGAAUAAAGGAAUAGCUCUUACAAUUUGGCAAAAAGAGCAUUAGCUCCACGA